GGAACUUCUGAUAUUUUCCGUUUUAUCUAUUACAAUUUUAAUAUGAGUGGGCUUAGAGUACGCGGCUUGUUAGCCCUCAGUGCGACUGCCUUGGGAGCUUUUUACCUAGGCUCCCGAACAGAACGUCUCCAGCAGAGCAGCGAUGUUUUUCCGCGCUUGCCUGGACUGCCGACAUUUGGGACAGUUUCAGCCGCUAGUCUUGUGGCCUCCAAUGUAAACCUGACUGCAACGCCGUCGCGAAUCUCGGAGAUCAUGAAGUUUGGCUUUCCAGGGCUGGACAACGUGCGCUCCCAUUCAGACUAUGUGCUCUCCUACGACCGACGCAAUCGUAUUCCGCAUUGGGUGUUUGAGCACCUCACAGCGGAGUCAGUGGCAAAAAACGAUUCUGUGGAUCGUUCGAAAUGCGACUUCAAACCAGAUGAGAGCAUACAUCCCUUCUUCCGAUCACAGAACACUGACUAUAGAAAGUCUGGCUUUGAUCGUGGCCACAUGGCUGCCGCUGGCAACCAUCGACUGCACCAGAAGCACUGCGAGGAAACCUUUUACCUGUCGAACAUGGCGCCCCAGGUGGGCCAGGGGUUCAAUCGCGACGCGUGGAACUCUCUGGAAAUGCACGUGCGCAAGCUAACCAAGAGUUACUCAAAUGUGUAUGUCUGCACGGGUCCACUGUACCUCCCCCACAAGGAGGAUGACGGCAAAAUGUAUGUCAAGUACGAAGUCAUCGGGUCCAACACCGUUGCCGUACCCACUCACUUCUAUAAGGUUAUCGUGGGCGAGGCGGCCGAUCACAAACUACACAUGGAGGCAUACGUAAUGCCCAACAAGGUGAUUAGCAACGACACCCCAUUAAAUGUGUUCCAGGUACCACCAGAGACGGUGGAGCGGGCGGCCGGACUGCUCUUCUUUGAUCAGAUUAACAGAAACCAGCUGGCCAGCAUCAACGGCAGGAAAGUUUGAGUUUGAGCCAAAGUUUAGUUGAAUUUUAGUGUAUUUGUGUACCUUUUUUAUAUAAUUUUUGUUCUUUUCAAAAGAAUUUAGUUGUUGAUUAAUAAAUUGAAACAAUUAAUACAGAUAAACAUAA